AUGAAUUUUUUGUCUGGAGAAGCUGUUGCUGUUAUAUUAUCCACAUUUGACGUUUUGUUCGAGAAGAUAAGUCACAAGAGUACUACUCUGUUCAUUUUAAUUGUUUCAACUGGAUUCUUACUAUACAAGAAUAAGGCUUACUUUUUAGAGAUCAUGGAGAAUUUCGGAACAGUUGGGGGGGACUUGACGAGAGGAUUCAGAAAUAGUUACAAGGGAAACAUGUUUAAUAGAUGGAGCUCAAGGAAUACGCGACGCGAGGAAGAAGUAUUAAAACGAGGUGGUUAUGUCGGUGGUCUUGUUAAUGAUGGAAAUACUUGUUUUAUGAACUCAGUGCUGCAGUCCUUGGCGUCUUCAAAAGAGCUACUGAAGUUCCUAGAUGACGAGAUUAUCCAAGCGGUGGAGGACUUGGAUGAGGCAGAAGAUGAGAAAGAAGCAGAAACAUCGACUGAAGGGGAAACCUCUGCGUCUCACAAGAGCAAGUCAUCCAAAAAUAAGACUUACGGAAAGCAUAAAAAGAGAUCAUCUAGAAAAGCUGAGCUCGAGGCCGCGGAAAAAAAUGAGGACAUUAAUAUCAUGUUCAGCGUCACUUUGAAAUACCUCUUGGAUAAGCUGAAUGCAAAGUAUUAUAGAGAAAGACCAUAUUUCAAAACCAAUGGACUGUUGAAGACAAUGUCAAAAGCACCCAACAAAAACAUCAUUCUUGGUUAUGAUCAAGAGGACGCUCAAGAAUUUUUCCAAGCUAUUUUGAGUGAACUUGAAAAAAAUGUCAAAUCAAUUCCAGGUAAAGCCACUAAGCAAAUUAACGAUCCUGUAAAGGAAGACGAUCUUCCGCCAGAGGCUGUAAUCGGGCAAGAUCAGCUAGGGAAAAUCGGAACUGUAUACAUUCCAACAGAUCAAAUUGACCCUAACUCGGUAUUGAGUGACUCAUCUGUGAAGUAUUACACGCCCUUCAAUCUCAUUACUCCACUUGAUGGGAUUUCAGCUGAGCGCAUAGGUUGUCUUCAAUGUGGGGAAAAUGGAGGGAUUCGAUACUCUGUAUUUUCAGGCUUAAGUUUGAACCUUCCAAAUGAAAACAUCGGAUCCACUCUUAAGCUCUCGGGCUUGCUAAGGGACUGGAUUAAGCCGGAGAUAAUAGAAGGCGUUGAAUGUAACCGUUGUGCUCUUACCGCCGUUUACGAUCAUCUAAAGAAGACUCUAGAGCAGUAUGAAUCUUCUUCGAAUCCUCCAGAAAAGUUGAUUGAUGCUAUGAACGCUAGGCUAGAAGAACUUGAACUUAUUUUAUCAAAGCCUGUUAUCGAUGAUAAGGAGUAUAAAAAAUUGCAUACCGAGAACAUGGUUAGGAAAUGUUCAAAGUCCAAACAAAUUCUAAUCUCUCGUCCACCACCAUUAUUAUCUAUUCAUAUCAACAGAUCGGUAUUUGAUCCCCGUACUUUUAUGAUUAAAAAGAACAACUCUCGUGUUCUGUUUAAAACAAGAUUAAAUCUUUCACCAUGGUGCUGCGACGUUGAUGAAAUUAAUUUAGAUGCACGGUUACCAAUGUCCAAGAAGGAAGAAUCUACACAAGAUUCAUCUGAAGAUGAAAACGUUGGAGGGGAGUAUUUUGCCAAACUUCACCGUCAAUUUGAAGAAGAAUUUGAAGACAGUGAUGAAGAAGAAGACAGCCCAUACUACAGAAACCGCAUCAAGGAUAACGUAGACUACGAUCCUUUAAAAGGAGAAAUUUCGAGUUCGAGCGACGAUGAAGAAGACGUUGAAACUGAUAGAGAUUAUAAGACUGACAAGUUAGGAAACAUAAUUGUCACGAAGCAAGAUGCUACUCAAGAUCAAUCUGAAGACGAAGACGAUUUUGGAAAAGCUGAAAUUCAAGAGGUAGAACUUGAUGACGUGGAGGAAAAGAAUAGCGAGGAAGAAACUGAAGAAGUUCAAGAAUCUGUCCCAAGCGCCUCUACGGUUCCCAUAGGUCCUCUAACAUAUUGUUUACGUUCAGUUAUAGUACAUUAUGGUACGCACAAUUAUGGACACUACAUUGCGUUCAGAAAAUUUAGAGGAUGUUGGUGGAGAAUCUCAGAUGAGACUGUCUACGUCGUAGACGAAGCAGAAGUCCUAUCUACCCCUGGUGUAUUCAUGUUAUUUUACGAGUAUGACUACGAUGAGGAAACUCAUCAAAUGAGAGAUGACGAAGAGUGGGAAAAAGGAGACGAAAUUGAAAUCGCAGAUGAAAUCAGUACCGCAGAUGAUGUAGCGACUGCAAACGAUGCCAGUGAAUAA